GGAGCCAAUCUUUCUCUGUCUAUCAAUUAUCAGAACUCAGCUUUUAGAUUCCCCAAGCAUUUAUAAAAAUUUCUGUUAGAUGUCUCCACAGUUGUUUCGCUGUAACCAGACAAUAUGAAAUGAAAUAAUUUGUAUUGCUUAACAGAUUAUAAUGAAUGCUAAACCUAUCUGACCUCACUCAAGAAACACAAGCAGAAAUGACUCCACUGCUUACACCUUCCUUAAUCACCAGUCAACAUACAAUAUUGUUGCCAUGUUGGUCCUAGCAUGCAUUAUCCUCCUUUCCUUUCUAGUCUUACUGGUUAGAAAUACUGACUGUCUCUUGGCAACUGAAGGUGUCAAACUACAUUAUACAUCUGAAAGGGAUAGGUAGAAAGCAGAGCAAAGAGCAUGGUCAGCUGAUAAUCAAUGAUCAGGUGAUGUGGGGGAAAUUUUGACACAGCCACUGAAGAACUCCAGGUCAUGCCCUACCUUGCCCAUACUGCAAAUCUUCAACUUGCCGGGUUUGCAUUUGCUACUGUUGGCUGGAUUUUGGGCACAAUCACUACAGGACUUGUACAAUGGAGAGUUUGGUAUGUGUCUAAUACCACCAUCAUUUCUUCUGGCAUUGCUUGGAUAGGCAUCUGGCGAACUUGUUUCUUCAGUGAUGUACUAGUGUCUUCCAACCAAAGGGUAAUGUACUGCCAGGAAUUCAAUGUUCAGGAUUCCUUUGUACCUCGGGAGAUCUUCGUUGCACAAGGACUCAUGAUAGUAGCUAUUAUCCUGGGGGCAGCAGGAAAAGCAUUUAGUGCCUUCGGACUUAAGAAUGUUUAUCAAGGUACACCUAAUGUAACUGUGAUCCCACGGCGGUUUAUUGCUGCAGGAGUGCUCACUAUGCUGUCUAGUGUGUUUAUUAUAAUUCCAGUGGCAUGGAACCUACAUUCUGUUGUAAACAACUUCAGCAUAUACUUUCCAAGUUCCUAUGAUAUGCCAUCCAGCCCAGAGAAGCAGGAAGUUGGUGCUGCUAUUGCUGUUGGAAUUGUGUCUUCUAUUUUCCUGUUCUUUAGUGGGACUUUUUUCCUUUCUUACAAACUGCCUUACAAUGUGGAUCCAAGGGUCUUUCCACUGUCUUCAGAUGAUAUACUUUGUGAUGGUCUAAGUUUUGCCACUAGUAUAACACCUAGGACUAACAGCAUUGCAUCCAGAAGAAGUUCAAAUCAAAUACUAAAUUGUGAUGGAAUUCCUAAUGAGGCUUUUGAACUAGAUGAAAAGUUGUAAAUAAAUAUAUAGUUUUUUUCUUUGA